CACAGGGAGCUCUUUGAUCUCGAACGUGACAGAGAUCAAAGUAACAGUAAGCGAAACUGCCAUCCUUUAUGCAAAGAGCUGUAAGUAUCAACCUAGGUCAAUUAGACUGCAAUAGAUCCACGCCGAGUCAACUUCAGUCACUGCCACUUAGUAUCUUAACUUGAUGGACGCUGUUGAAAAAGCCAACACGGAGAGGCAAAAACGAUGGGUAAAAGACCGGAAAGUCGGUGAGGGUACAUACGCUGUCGUGUACCAAGGUCGAGAAGCAUCAACAAGCCGUAAGGUCGCUAUCAAGAAGAUAAAAGUUGGACAAUUCAAAGAUGGGCUCGACAUGUCUGCCAUCCGAGAGGUCAAAUAUCUACGAGAGCUUCACCAUCAGAAUGUCAUCGAGCUUCUGGACGUCUUUUCUUCAAAAACGAAUCUUAACUUAGUUUUGGAGUUCUUGGAUAGCGACCUUGAGAUGAUAAUCCAGGACCGGUCACUCGUCUUCCUUCCCGCAGAUAUAAAGGCAUGGAUGGCGAUGACCUUGCGUGGGCUUGAAUUUUGCCAUAGAAACUUCAUGCUUCACCGUGAUCUGAAGCCCAACAACUUGCUUAUCGCAUCUGACGGACAACUCAAAAUCGCUGAUUUUGGUCUGGCAAGAGAUUUCGCAGACCCAGGACAUAAAAUGACAUGUCAAGUCAUCACUCGAUGGUAUCGACCACCCGAACUACUGUUCGGCUGUCGGUACUAUAGCUCGGCCGUCGAUAUAUGGUCUGUAGGCUGUAUAUUCGCUGAGCUCAUGUUGAGAACCCCGUACCUUCCCGGUGAGAGCGACAUGGACCAACUCAAAACCAUCUUCCGGGCACUUGGAACGCCCACAGAAGAGGACUGGCCGGGUCACACAAAACUGCCAGAUUACGUGCCAGUAGGACAGUUCCCAAGAACGCCCCUUCGCGACCUCUUCACCGCCGCGUCUGGAGACACGCUGAAUCUUCUUAGCAGGUUCCUCGUGUAUGAGCCACGACGGCGCAUCAGCGCAAGAGACGCUCUUAACCACGCUUACUUUUUCGCCUUGCCACACCCAUCGCAUCCCUCCAAACUCCCGAAACCCGCCGCUCAAACCUCCCGCCCCCUCGAGGAACUCGAUGGUAACGUUGACACGGCCAGUACCGGACCAGGCGUCAAAGCCAAUGCACCCAAUAAACUUAAACGGAAACUGACGUCCCCCGAUGGUACCGACCUGAGACCGCUCGCUCGCAGAUUAGACUUCACUCAACAUGCAAAACACUCAUGAUCACACUGUAUUGACGACCAAUAACUCCUCCCCUCGCACCUCCAUUGGUUAUGUACAUAACAACUAAGCUAGAGUGGCUUUGUACGAAAUGGUGGAAUAUGUAUGAACUAAAAUUUGUUGGUAGUGGAUAAAAACAAAC